CUUUACUGCGCCAUAUUUUCUUCUCCUUUUUAUAGAUAUCAAAUGGCUGCUGUCGUUAUUCCCUCAAAUUCGGCUCCAUCUCUGCUUCGUCUUUCCAGAAUCUCCUCUUCCUCCUCACCAUCAAGAUUCCCUUUCCCUUCGAUCCGCUAUUCGAACUCCCACCUCUUCUCGACUGUCACUUGUCGCCGUUCCGCCGCACCCUCUUUUCCUGGCUUGGCUCGAUCGCGUGGCCGCUGCAUCAUCGCUUUCGUUGACCUCGACGAGGCUCCAUACGCCCUCACUGAAGAUCCCCCCUUCGACGACGUCGAUGUGGUUGAAGAAAUCAAGGUUGUAAGAGAUCUUGGCGGUGGAGUAGCGGGAGGCGGAGAAGGAGACGGUUUUGGUGGCGGUGACGACGGAGGAGGUGACGACGGUGGCGGCGGAGAAGGGGGUAAAAGUGAGGGCGAAGGUGAGUCUGGAAAGGGGAAGAAGGUGAGCGGGAUGUCGAUGUCGCAGAAGCUGACGCUGGGUUACGCCGCUUUAGUUGGAGUGGGUGGUGUCAUGGGUUAUAUGAAAAGUGGUAGCCAGAAGUCACUUGCAGCUGGGGGAGGUUCUGCCUUGCUGUUAUAUUACGUGUACACUCAGCUUCCGGUGAGGCCAGCUUUUGCAUCAUCCCUGGGGCUAGGUUUGUCUGCUGCACUUCUAGCAGUUAUGGGUUCUCGCUUCAAGAGAUCUGGCAAGAUAUUCCCGGCUGGUGUUGUUUCUAUCAUCUCAUUUAUAAUGGCUGGUGGCUAUUUUCAUGGCAUCCUCCGCAGUUUGCAUGCGUAGGACGGUUUUCUGUGUUCCUUUCAUGCGAGUGCUCCUUACCAAGUCAUCAAGAACCAGGUCUGCUUUAAUUUGAGAUGUUUUAAACAUGGGAACCUGUUCCCGUUCGUUUGUACUUUUAGUUGCUGUUUUGAUGCUGUCAUGUUUCUUUCAUGAAAAAGUAGCUCAUGGCUACUGGAUUUUACCCAAACACAAGGAAUAGAAGUUGGUGCCUGGUAA